AUGGCCUCUUCACUCCAAGUUCCCGGCGAAUAUGGAUACGUCCUCACCGUUGCGGCCUCGUCGUUUUUUAUCAACACCCUCCACUUUGUCUUAACAGCCAAGGCGCGCCAGGCAAGCGGGUUGGGGUAUCCGAUUCCGUACGCGAGCAAGGAACAUGCCGAAAAGGAUCCUAAAGCAUACGCAUUCAACUGUGCCCAGCGAGCGCAUGCCAAUUACACAGAGAACUUGACGCCUUUCCUUGGUGCCCUCCUCAUAUCCGGUCUCUAUUACCCGACUGCUAGCGCUGCACUCGGCGCAACUUGGGUUUUCGGGCGUAUCUGGUACGCUCUCGGUUAUACGUCAUUUGGCCCGCCAGGUAGACUCAAGGGAUUCGUCUUGAGCGUGAUUUCAGACGCGGCUCUGAAAUUUAUGGCUAUCAUUGCCGGUGUGAAGAUGCUCCCGAGUGCGUAG